GGAGCUGUAGGGGGAAUUUCCCCCUAGUUAGUAUGUUAAAAAAGGCCAUGGAUAUUGAAACUUAAAGCCAAGGCAAGAUGGUUUGUUACAAAGACUUCGGUAACAGAAUGGGCCAGAAUGAUUGUUUGUACUCUGUAGCCAUGAUGCCAGCCUCGUUUUCACAAUGCUUGAUAAAAAGGAGAGGCGAGGCAUGGCAUAAUAAUAAUAAAAAUGGCGGCCAACUUCAAGAAAAAAUCUGUUCCACUAUCUAGCCGAGGGCAAGCAGUACCGCGAGGCUCAAAGUUAUCAAUAAGUAACAAUCAGCUGCUGGUUAGCUCUGGUGUACCCUCUUUGGAUAAUAUUAUUGGUGGAGGAAUACCUGUUGGAUCAUUGCUGUUAAUUGAGGAGGAUACACAUGCAAUAUUCUCGAAUAUUUUGCUGAGGUAUUUUUUGGCAGAAGGUGUAAUAUGCAAACAUGGCUUGUCAAUUGUCUCUGCAAAUGCCUGUACUGCAGAUGAAAUUUUCAAAAAAUUACCAACACCUGUUGAUUCUGAUGUUAUGAAGCCUAAAUCUAAAGCGCCUAGAGAGCCAGACGAAAAGAAAAAUAAUGAGGAAGAAUUGAAAAUUGCAUGGAGAUAUCAAAAUCUUUCAAGCCAAGAGGUAACUUCGAAUACAGUCAAAUUUGGUCAUUAUUAUGACUUGACUACAACUAUGGGGGACCAUCAUUUCUCAGGUCUUCACAUCACAAAAUUUAUUUCUACCAACUACACUGAAACAGAACCAAAGCAGAAGAAUGAUAAAAUCAACCCCGUUUGCAAAGCACUUAUCUCAGAUAUUCAAAAUUUAAUAAAAAACCAUAACUAUUCAUCAGCAGGUAGUCAGCCAGAUAAAAGAAUUCUUCGCCUAGCUCUGAAUUCAUUUGGUUCUCCAUUGUGGUCUACCUUCACUUCUACGGAUGAAAUGAUGAGCUCAAUUUCCUGGUUUCUUCUUGCCUUGCGCUCUAUUCUGCGGAAUGCAUUUGCAGUCUGUCUAUUAACAAUUCCUGUUCAUCUUUUCGAGGAUCCGUCAAUCUCAAGAAGGUUGGAACAAUGUGUUGACAAUGCUGUUCGCCUAGAAUCUUUUGGAGGAUCAAUAAAAGAACACAACCCUGCGUUUGCUGACUACGAUGGUUUAAUUCAUAUAAAGAAAAAAGGAAGGAUUAAUUGUCUAGCGGGUCAUGAUAUUGACACAUCGGACUGGGCUUUCAAACUUAAAAGAAAGAAAUUCUCAAUCGAGAAACUACAUUUACCACCGGAACUUUCAGAAACAGCCAGCCGAGCACAACUCGACGCAAAGAAAGUGAAGAUACAAAGUGGAACCCCAUUGUGCUCAAGCAACCCAAGAACAGCCAAUAAAUCGCUAGAGUUUUAAAAUGUAAUUUACAAAUAGUAUGGAUAGUUGUAUCUAACCUUCAUGAAAAUGUUGAGAAAAAGUCUUCUUUUUUAAGGUCGACUUUCAUUCUUUAUCAAAUUUUGCUCUUAUUUUCUAUCUACCCGUAUUUUAUCGUUUCAGCAGAUAUUAUUUUUUUGAUAGUUGUUUGAAAUUUGGGAAAGGAAUGAAUCUGCUAAGUGACAACACAUACUAAUAACUGACAUAUGAAGUAAGCCAAAAAGACCUGCUCUUUUUUUGAUAACUUUGAGAAAUUUUAUAUGUAUUUGAACCGUUUAUUGUAAGCUGAAUCUUAACUUUAGGCCAUCAAAUGCACUGAGACGUUACACAGUAAUCUGAGGGUAUUAUCUAUAAAUAAUAGAUAAAUAAAGACAAAAUAAUAGAACUAGAAAAAGUUGAAAUAGUUUUUCUAUUUUAUUGCUUUCAAUUCUUUAUCCCAUACCGUAACAGCAAUCAUACGUAUUAAAGAAACUGCCUGAUUAUAGAGUUUUUAUGUGAUAACGUCACAAAAAUAUAGUUUUAGAAAUUUUGAAUUUUGUUCUCAUAACCUGAAAGAGCAUCGUCAAAUACCGCUUUUUAUGGAAAAUCAGGUAAAGGUGUCGCGAGUUGGCAGGGAUAUGACCAGAUGAGCACAGGCUCUUGCCCCAUCAAACCUCAGUAAUUUUGUCUCUGUUCAUACAACUUUAUGCACAGAGCCAAAAUAACAGUGAUCCGUUGCAAAUUCCGAAUCUUUCAUUGGCUAUUUCUCACCCGGUUUUUGACUCAUUAAACGGAUUUGGCAUAUUUUGAAAUAUUUCGUAGAGUUUUUCAUGUCUAGCCUGUGUGCAGACUUUACUUUCCGUUGCGAAGGAGAGCCAAUACGCAACGUAAUUUGUUUUAGGAUUCUACUUUAGUUUAAACCAUUUUUUGAUUAACAUCAAUGAGGUAACACCCUGUCCCUUUGUUCG